AUGCCCAACAUCCUCGUCACUCGACACCUCGGAGACCACGCCAUGGCCAUCCUCGACAAGUCCGGCAUCGACUAUCUGUUGAAUACAGAGGAUGCUGCGCCGUCCAGGGAAUGGGUGCUCAAGCACAUCGCCGACAAGGACGUUCGUGCCGCCUGCAUUAUGCACAGCCAGCCUAGCGACAGGAUAGACGACGAGUUCAUCCGCACUGCCAAUCCCAACUUCUCUGCCGUGUCAACCUUUUCGGUCGGCUAUGACCACAUUGAUGUGAAGGCCGCGAACAAGAGGGGCAUCAAGGUCGGGCAUACGCCGGGUGUGCUGAGUGGCGCGGUUGCCGAUAUUGCGGUGAUACUCGUGCUGUGCACCCUUCGAAGAAUCAAUGAAGGUAUCAACCUUGUCAAGAGCGGGGAAUGGAAAAAUCAACCUUGGGCACCCUUUGUCAAUUGCGGUCUGUCGAUCGGUCACCCAUCUCUCACUAUCGGGUUCCUCGGCUUUGGACGCAUUUCUCAGGCCGUCGUUCGACGAUUGCUAGCAUUCACCAAUGAGAAAGAGCCCCCUUCCAUCAUCUACAACUCCUCACGGGAACGAGACAACCAGGCCGAAAUCGACUCGGAUUUCAGUGCCAAAUUCGGUGUUCAAACGCAAAGAGUAGAGAAGGAUGUUUUGGCAGAAAAGUCCGACAUCCUGGUGGUUCUGUGCGACCUCAAUCCUUCCACGAAGGACGUUGUCAACAAGAAUUUCUUCGCUCGAAUGAAGAGUACUGCCAUUCUCGUCAACGUUGCUAGGGGUCCGAUUGUCAACUCGGAAGACCUUCAUGAAGCUCUCACUACUGGGAAGAUCUAUGGCGCGGGGCUUGACGUCGUGACUGGAGAGCCGAAUAUUCCCGCUGACCACCCUCUUUUGCAAUUGGACAACUGUCUUGUAAUCCCCCAUCUGGGCAGUGGUGACUUGGAUACUCGUAACGCCAUGGCAGAGUUGUGUGUGCGCAACGCUAUCGCUGCUGUCAAGGGGGAGGCGCUCCCCGCUGAAGUCCAAGUCUAG